AUGGAAGAAAUUCAACAAAAGGAAGAGGCAAAGGCGUUUCGUUUAAGUGUUGAGAACCCCCAAAAGCAAAUGUCUAUUUUAGCUAGUUGGGUAGAUCAAAAUCAACCAAAUGGGUUGUUAGAUAUAUGUUCUGGAAUAAUACAAUAUAAUGAAGAUUCUAUGGUGUCGAUCAUAGUUACUAUUAAAGAUUUUCUUAGGAAUGCGACUUAUAGUUUUUCAUUUAAUUCUAAUUCCAUUAUGCAAGAAAGUUUAAACGAAGGCUAUAUUAAAAUUUCUAAUGUAAGUUAUAGUCCUAAUAUACCUUAUUUACAAAACCAUCAAGAACUUGUUUUAUGUAGUUCUGAGAAUGCAUCAUUCCAAUUAUUUGUUUCUAAACUUCGAUCAUUUUCACGUAUUGCAGAAGAUGAAACGAAUCAGACAAGUGAGUUAAGUACUUUGAAAUCAAAUGUAACAGAUCCUGAAGGAUAUACGUAUAAUUUCUCUCAACCAACAAAAGAGCUUUUUGAAAAUCUUAGAGGAUUUGCUGUUAUGGCAAUUGAUAAUCAUCCCAUUACACAACAAUUUCUUUCUUUGUUUGAUCAAAACAACUCAUUAUUUAAAUGUACAUAUAAAGAAUAUUUGAAACUUUUGAAUAUUGAUGUAUCAAUUGAGAAAUAUAUUAGUGAUAGACAAACUUUAGAAAAUAUUAAAGAAAACGUUAGGUUAUUCAAAAAAAAAAUUAAUACUGAACAAGUUGGUCAAACAAAAAGAGAUAAUGAAGAGUCCCAAAUGUAUGAACGACUUAAACAAAAUGGAGAUGAAUGUAGAAGAUAUGUUGAAGCUUUUCUUGAAAAAAAACAAAGAAUUCAAACAAUAUUAGAUAUUUAUAGAGCGUGUUUUUCUAUUAAUAAUGAAUGUGUGUAUGACCAUCUACUCAAAGAAGAAACAUUAUAUGAAUUAUUUGACAUUUAUCAAAGAGAUCCUAAUUUUGAACAACAAAUUAAUUUCUGGGAAGACAGUGAAAAAGUACAAAUUAGACAAAUUAUUCUUUAUCCUCCAGCUGUUAUUAAAAAAUUAAAGUAUAUAGUUAAACUUAAUUAUUUAAGAGAUGUUGUUGUUGCAAGAUUCUUAGAUGAAGCUUCUUCAAGAUAUUUUACUUGGUAUAUUAAUAAUACUCGACUCAGUGUUGUAAAACUAAUGAAAGAUAAUUAUUCUUUUAUGAACGAUAUUAAACAAGCUUUUGAAGAUGGAAAUUCAGAAAUAAAAAGUCAAGUGUUAUCAUUCUUUUCUUCAAUAUUAAAAAUUUAUAGUGGUUCUGGGAAUUCUUCUGUAGAAAAUACUAAAUUAACGUUUGAUGAAAUUAAAAGGAUGAAUAUAUUUUCUGUUACAAUUCAAGGAUAUUCUAACUCUAACUAUCUCAUAAGAUCUAAAUCAGUAGAUUUAUUAACUGACAUGUUUGUGAUGGAUUCUUUUGAAUGUACUCGUGCUAUAUAUUCAUCUAUUUCAAUUAAUGGAGAAGAUGUAAUUCCUAUUGUUGUUAUUUGUAGUCAAUUUGUCAAGGAAGAUCAUCGUUCAUUAAUAUUGAGUAUGUCUCAUCAUAUUAUUUAUUUUUUAAGAUGUGACUCAUCUGAUUUUUCAAUAGAAGAAAAAAGAAUCAAUUAUUCAUUAAUUUAUGGACAGUUAGUACCAAUAUUAGCUAGUCCAUUACAAUUCUUUCCUUCAGUUGUAACACCUAAAUUAAGAGAGCGAGUAAAAAGAGAAAGAGGAAUUAAUAAUUUUGAUUCUUUAGUGACUCAAUUAUUUGAAGUCAUUGGAUAUUUAUUUAUUUAUCAUUCUGAAUAUUGUGAAAUGUACUUUGAAACAGAAAGUAAGUUUAUUCAAGUUGUGAAAACUUGGAUAAACUGUUCUAAUGAAGUGUUAGAAACAGCAAUUCUUCAUUGUUUAAAGAGAAUACUAGAAAAGGAGAGUGGAGUAUCUGAUAUAUCGAUAAUAAGAAAUCAAAUAGUUCCAAUCAUUGUGCGUAAAUAUGUUUGUAGUUCAAAUGCUGGAAUUAUAUCAUCACUUAUUUCUAGUAUCUUUGAAUUACUAGCUAGUGAAGAAGGAAAUGCAGAAAUUAUUGACGAUGCACAAAAUUAUCUUCAAGGGUUAAGACUGGAAACGUCUCCUGAAUUAUUUAAUUCAAAUAGAGCAAGUGAAGUGUUUGAAAUAUUUUCUCAAUAUCUUAAAACACAUACACUAACGAAAAUGAGUGUCUGUUCUGUGGGACCAAUUCUUAGGUCAUCUUUUGUAAAAAAAUUUUCUCUUGCUGCUCAAAAAAGAAGAAUGUCUGAAUUAUCUGAUGAAGAAGUUGGUGGAAAGAGAAAGGGAGAUAAUAUAAGCCCUAAUUAUGAUACUCAUGUAUCAGCAUUUGAUACAACUCCCACAAAUAACCCAAUUAAAAACGGAAAAAAUGUCAAUCGCUCUACUUCAGGUGUUACAAAUACAUCUUUACAAAGACAAGUUAGUGAUGAUACACCAGAUAAACAAAUUCGAUAUAUGGUCUUUUCUAGAAGAAAAAGCACAUUUUCUUAG